AAUUUCCAGGCCAGUCUAGUCUGUCGACACUUCAACAACCUACAAAAAACGGGGCGAGAAUUUUUCAUUUUUAAAAAAGAUAACUUAAUUUGCAUGUUUACGUGAUGAUUUGCAUUAUUCUUGUUGCAGGACAUGGGACAAUCUUAGAGAAUGAGAUUAAGGAAGACUCUUCAGGUAGAUACAGUUCUUUGGAAGGCAUCCCCAAGGCACUUCUUCCUGGAGUUGGUGGAAGAAAGAUCCUUGAUUACUGGUGGGAUGCGAUCAAUACGAGACAACACUUCUCAGAGGUUUACUUGGUGACUAAUGCUGACAAAUACAAGCACUAUGAAAGAUGGGCCACAGCUCGAGAUUUUCCAGUUGAUAAUAUCAUCAAUGACGGUACUACUACAUUCAAUGGAAGAUUAGGGUCCGUAGGUGAUCUUGAUCUGGCAUUGAGAAAUAAACAGAUUCAGGAUGACAUUCUUGUGGUUGCAGGUGAUAUGUUAUUUCAAGAUCACAAGUUUGAUAUCACUCAAGUAAUACACUACUUCAGGAGAAAGAAAGGGGAGUUGGCCAUUUAUUACGACAUGGAACCUUCUGAGAAUAUCACAAGUAGAGGCAUGGUUGAAGUAUGUCCACAAACUAAUAGAAUCACCAAGUUCCUUGAGAAGCCCAGCGAGAGUGAGACCCAGUCUCGUCAAGCCAGUGUAGUCUUCUAUUGCUUUCAGAAGGAGACACUAUCCUCCAUCCCAACAUUCCUCCAAGCCAACCCUGAUGUCAGACAAAGGACAUUUGGAAAAUAUAUGCAAUGGCUUAUAAAUGAGACUCGUCAUGAGGUUUAUGGCAUGAAGCUCCCUACAGGGUUUCAGCUUAUUGGCCAAGUGGGUCUAGGUGAUUAUGAGAAAUGGCUGCAUUUCUUCUCAGAUAAAGAGACGCAGCAGAGAUGUAUGGUACCGUACACUGCCAAAGCUUAUGCAAGGAUAGGGUUAAUGGGUAAUCCCUCGGAUGGUUUCCAUGGCAAGACAAUCUCUGUUUCUAUCAAGAAUUUCUGGGCUGAAGUCACCAUCGUAGAGAGUCCUAAGCUGAUCCUGGUACCCCAUCCUCUCAACGACCCAACUGAGUUUGGAAGUCUAGGUGACCUUCAUGGAAUCAGUCGUAAGGAAGGCUACCUCGGAGGGCUGAGACUCCUUCAAGCCACUUGUAAAAAGUUCUACCAAUACUGCUCUGAACAAGGGAUUGCCCUACCGAAGCGGAAUUUCAAGUUGAAAUAUGACACGAACAUUCCCCGUCAGGUGGGCUUAGCUGGUAGCAGCGCCAUAGUAGCAGCUACACUCAGAUGUUUGAUGCAUUUCUUUGAUCUCAACAACUUAGAUCUUCCUAAGCCCCUUCAGCCUCAGUUCAUCUUAGAUGUGGAGAUUGAUGAGCUCUUCAUCAAUGCUGGUCUACAGGACCGCGUUAUUCAGGUCUAUCAAGGAGCAGUCUACAUGGACUUCUCUCGGACCAUCAUGGAGCAACAAGGCCAUGGGUUGUAUGAAUACAUAGACCUGGACCUACUACCUGGCCUGUGGCUGGCCUAUAUCAGGAACCCUAGUGAUUCUGGAAAGAUUCAUAAUAAUGUAAGAGAAAGAUGGACUGCCGGGGAUCUGGAGGUCCAUGGGGCGAUGACAACCUUUGCUGAUCUUACUGAUCAAGCUAGAUCUGCUCUUCAAGAUGGCAACCAUAGUGAACUCCUAAACCUAAUGAAUAAGAACUUUGAUCUACGAAGGUCGAUUUAUGGCGAUGCAGUUGUAGGAGCUGAGAAUCUCAGAAUGAUUCAACUAGCAAGACAGUAUGGAUCAUCAGCUAAGUUCUCUGGUAGUGGAGGAGCUGUUAUUGGUCUUUGUUUAGAUCCUCAUCAGUUGGCUGAGCUGAAGUCUGCAUUCCAAACUGAAGGCUUUGUGAUCUGUGAUGUCAUCCCGAAUCCACCAAUCGCAGACAACAAUGGUUCGACCAGCAGAUGACCUUACUUAACUAAACAGGAGGAUAGAUCCAUUGAUGCGACUGACCUGCCCUUUGGAACAACGAUCCUGAAUAGUUAGUCAUGCUUGCAAUGAAGCAUCACUGCCAACAGGGUUCCAACAGUCAUGGAAAAUC